CCGUUCACACACCACCAGUGUUGCGCGGGGCACAACACGGAGAGAAGCGCCUCUAUCUCGUCUCUCCCUGGUCUCUCGCCUUCAGUAUUCUAUAAAGUUAUCCACACACACAGAUGUGACGAACUUGUAUCUGAAGAUUUAUUUUCCAUCUCGAGGAAAUAUUCAUUCUGUAGUUACUUUUUAGCUGCACAGUUGAAUGACUUUAUGAGGCAAAAAUGUCUGGGUGAGGUGAUUUUACGCACGCUGCUGAGAUGGAUCACAGACUCGCCAGAAGCAGCUGGUUACCGGUGACUGGCCUGGUCAUCUGUCUACUUUUGUGUGCGUGUGUUGUGGACUUGGUUCUGGCGCAGAUUCGGUACUCCAUUCCCGAAGAGCUGGAGCAUGGAGCUUUUGUGGGCAACAUCGCAGAAGACCUGGGUCUGGACGUGGCCAAGCUGUCAGCUCGUCGAUUUCGCAUAGUCUCCGGCGCAAAGAAGCAAUAUUUAGAAGUGAACUUGGAAAAUGGCAUUCUCUUCGUUAAUGAAAAGAUAGACAGAGAGGAGCUGUGUGAACGGAGUCCGAGCUGCUUUCUGCACUUACAAGUGGUUAUUGAAAACCCACUAGAACUGUACAGAGUGGAAGUUGAGAUUUUAGAUGUGAACGACAACUCUCCCAGUUUCCCGUGGAGUGAGUUUAACCUUGACAUCACAGAGUCCGCCGCACUCGGCUCACGUUUUCCGUUAGAGAGCGCACAGGACCAGGACGUGGGCACCAACUCUCUGCGCUCGUACCAGCUGAGCGCAAACGAGCACUUCGUUCUGAAUAUCCAGACGCGUAAUGAUGGAAGCAAGUUUGCUGAGCUCGUGCUUGACACUCCAUUGGACCGGGAACAGCAAAAAAAGCUCGAAAUGGUUCUCACUGCCUAUGAUGGAGGAUCACCUGAACGCUCCGGGACCGCGUUGAUAACUAUUACGGUGCUAGAUGCGAAUGAUAACGUACCUGUGUUUGACCGCUCUGUUUACCGGGCGAACCUGGUGGAAAACGCACCAAGGGGAACGCUGGUAUUAAAACUCAACGCCACAGACCUGGAUGAAGGCUCGAACGGGGAAGUUACUUAUGCGUUUAGUGGACACGCACCCCUAAAGGUGCGCGAACUGUUCAGCGUGGACCCGUACAUGGGUGAAGUCCGAGUCAAGGGCAUUGUGGACUAUGAGAAAGCCAGCGUGUAUGAGCUGUAUGUACAAGCGAAAGACAGAGGCCCUUCGGCCGUGGCUGUACACAGUAAAGUACUGGUAGACAUCCUGGAUGUGAAUGACAACGCGCCCGAAGUCAUCCUCACUUCAGUAUCCACACCUGUCCAGGAAGACGCGCCGCCGGGCACAGUGAUAGCCGUGAUAAGUGUCAUGGACCGAGACUCGGGGGAAAACGGUAACGUGGACUGCCAGAUUCCAAGCAAUGUCCCCUUUCAGCUCCAUACAUCUUUCAAAAAUUAUUAUACACUGGUGACGAGUGAGUUCCUGGAUAGAGAAACGGUGUCUGAGUAUAACAUUACCCUAACAGCUCGGGACUUGGGCUCUCCUUCGCUCUCAACCAGGAAAACAAUCCUUGUUCAAGUGUCAGACAUUAACGACAACCCCCCGCGGUUUUCUCAACCUUCAUAUACUGUCUAUGUGACCGAGAAUAAUGCCCCUGGCGCCUCCAUUUGUUCUGUCUCUGCAUUUGACCCUGAUUCUAACCAGAACGCCUAUCUGUCUUAUUCUAUUCUCGAGGGUCAGAUUCAGGGCAUGCCAGUGUCCACUUAUGUCUCAAUCAACUCGGACAAUGGCAAUAUCUACGCUCUGCGCUCCUUCGAUUAUGAGCAACUUAGAAACUUUCAGAUUCUGGUGCAGGCGCAGGACGCAGGCUUCCCCCCUCUGGCCAGCAAUGUCACAGUUAACGUCUUUGUCUUGGACCAGAACGACAACGCACCUGUUAUUGUAUCCCCGCUGCCCAAAAACGGCACUGUGGCCACUGAGGUGGUACCACGGUCGGUAGACGCUGGGUAUCUAGUUACCAAAAUAACAGCGUUAGACGCAGACGCUGGGCAGAACUCUCGGCUGUCCUACCAGGUGUUGCAGGCGACAGACCCAGGGCUGUUAAGUGUGGCUCUGUACACCGGCGAAAUCAGGACUAUUCGCCGCUUAGUUGAAAAAGACGCAACAAGGCAAAGACUGGUAAUAUUAGUCAAGGACAACGGACAGCCGCCACUAUCCGCCACCGUCUCAAUUGUCCUCACAGUGGUAGACAGCGUGCCCGAGUCGCUGUCAGAUUUCGGAGACCUCACACUCAGCCCACAGCCCCCAUCAAACCUCGCCCUCUACUUGAUCGUGUCACUGAGCACAAUAUCCUUAAUAUUCCUUGUGGCUAUUAUCGUGCUGGCUGCAGUCAAGUGUUACAAGGACAGGGAAACCCACAGCGGGUACAACCUGCCCCCAUUAGCCUGCUGCUGUUGCGGGGGGUUUCAGCCGGAGCCACCCCCAGAGGUGUUCAAAAAAUCCAACCUUAACCUGCAGAUUUCAUCCGCGGCCAAAGUCCCCACAAACUGUAUGGAGGUGAAUGGAAAUAGCAGUCUCUCUCAGUCAUAUUGUUAUAAAGUGUGUCUGACCCCCGAAUCAGCCAAAAGUGACUUUAUGUUUCUGAAGCCGUGCAGCCCGAGCACCACACCGAGGAACAACGAGGCGAAGAGCGCGGAAAACUCGUGGAAUGCGCACAGCCGGAGCGCAUCUGUGAAUAACGGAGCAACUACCCCCAGCGAGCUGAAGCAACCAAACACAGACUGGACUCUUACAAAGAAUCAGAACUCCUCCAUAAAAAGUUACAACUCUAUUAACAUGGAUGGCACCCUCAUGCGUAAGGCUUUGCAUGCUGACCCAGACAACUAUGUCACCUCCAUGGCACCUGGGCAGUACUGGACUUGGGGCACUCAUAUGAAAGGCAUGAAGGACUAUAAGAUGUCCCCUUCACCUAGUGGGCUCCCCCCUCGCCCCUGGACUCCUCGGUGCACACCUCCUCCCCAACAGCAGCAGCCAUCUAUCCCGUCCCACCCACACCCACACCCACCGCCUGACUACCACCACAAUGUGUAUAUCCCUGGAACUCCAUCAGGAUUUUGCACCCUGCGGCCCACUGCGCAGCGAAGCGAACUGGAUGUCCACAAUUCCUUUUCUACGUUUGGCAAGAAGCGACGUCUUCAGAUGUCCCCUCAAGGAGAAGCUGCAAUGAUAAACAAUGACCUGUACAAUGACUGACUUUUCAGUGACUGCCCGAAUGGAUGACUGAUAUGAUGCAUAACCUCAUAAUAAAACAAAAGGAGAGAUGAUUCACUUUAUAGAUCAAUUAGAAUAAGAUUUAUAAGUGAUUUGAAAAAUGGAAAGGAUCAGCAAUCUAAUGAGGAAAAGGAAUAAUGGGCACUCUAUCUAGAGAAGACUGAAGGCUAUUUAUGUGACAUACCACUGUCAAUAUGUGUCUGAUAUUAUCAUUAUUAUCAUUACUUCAGUUAUUGUUUUCAUUAUUAUUAUUUAGACAAUCAGAGUGGAGCAGCAUUUCCAUCCAAAAUGGUUCGAAAGCAUAAGUGGACAAUAAUUUUGCACAUUCUUGUGAAUGAAUAUUUUGGGUUAAAUGAAAAAGCUGUUUUUUUCCUUUUGUUUGUUUACUAACAAAGCUUGUGUAAAUAUGAAAGAUAUUAUGUAAAUGUAUAUGCAAGCUGCACUAUGAAGCAGACUACUGUAAUGAUGGGAAAAUUUCCCAACACAUGUACUGUAUACAUUUAUGAAAUAAAGUAUUUUUUUCA